AUGAUGACGAACGGAUGUACCGCCCAGGGAGAGCCUUAUACCCUCCAAAGCGAAGCCAAGAGGAUAUACUACCAAAUUGUACAUGACUCUCGUCUCAAUACACCGUCUGAAAUUCGCGAUUUGAUAGACAACAUCCAAUUUGUGGGAGAGGAAACCCAGCCAUUCUAUCCCGUCCCAUACAAAUGCGCAGAAGCUCAAGCAGGUCUUCUAGGUUACAUCGGUCUACUAGCAGUCGCCAUUGCAAGAGACCGGUACAAAGACGAGCAACUCAUCGAAAUCGAUGUCUCUCAUGCUCUGAUGAAUGGUCUAGCUGCCCUCUUCGUGCGUCAUGAGGAGGAGUGGCUUUCAGGCAGUCCAAAGAUGAUGAAUGCUGUUCAGCGCUGGGAUCACGGCCAAACCCGAGAAUUAUAUCGCCAAUUGGCGACCAACAUCUACAAAUCGAAAGACGGGCGGUGGUACGCUCUGCAUGGUAGUAUGAACCCAACUCCUGUCAUCGAGAUGCUCAAAAUCCCUCAACAUAACGAAGAGAAUCUCACCUGGAGUCAGAUUCUCGAUAUGUACUCUGAACUGGUGGCUGGGUUGGACUCCACGACACUUGAUAAUUGGAGCAAUAACGUCUAUCGCGUUCCUGGGACGGUAUGCUACGAGGAAGAAGAAUUUAAAAGCCUGCCACACGGGAUUGCCAUUAAGGACGAACCUUACUACAAGCUCCUACACCAGCAAUACUACUCUCAGCCCCCUGUAUCUUGGGAAAAUGUUCCUCAUGAUCCCUCCGACCGUCGUCCUCUCUCUGGGAUUAAAGUUCUGGAUCUUUCACGAGCAAUCGCUGCUCCAACGAUUGGACGCGUGUGUGCGGCUCUGGGUGCAACGACUAUACGAGUGUCUUGUUCUGACAACACCGAACUUCCUAUUACACUCAUGGACGGUUGUCUAGGUAAAACAUGUGUGGACAUCAAUCUGAAAACUUUCGAGGGUCGAAAGAAGCUGCUUGAGCUCAUUCAAGAAGCGGACGUGUUCGUUGACGGAUACCGACCUGCAGUGUUGGAACAUCUCGGCUUUGGCCGGGAUGCAGUCCUAGGUUUGGUGGCCAACAGACAGAAGGGAAUCGUAUAUUGCCAGGAGAAUUGCUACGGCUGGAAAGGCCCAUGGGUGACCCGGUCAGGAUGGGCACAAAUCGCAGACACGGUGUGCGGCAUUGGUCUCAACAUUGGCCGCUUUCAUGGAUAUGAUGAGCCUCACAUAUUUCCCGGCCCCAACGCCGACUAUCUCACCGGGCAUGCAGGCACCGCCGGCGUCCUCCACGCACUUUACUCUCGAGCCCGACAAGGUGGCUCUUAUGUCGUACAGUGUUCCCUAUUAGUGUCUAAUAUUCAUAUGCAAUCUUACGGCAAAUAUAGCGAGCAGCAGCAGGAAAAGCUCAAAGCCCGCAAGCGUGAUUUGGUGGGUAAAACGCGUCACUAUGACGAAAUUGUCAGCCACGGUGUGAAACAGCACGCGAUCAAGGGUUUUCUCUCGGAUCGAAGUUUUGAGAAGGCCUUUAAAAAAGAGUACUUCCAGACUGUAAAAGGUGAUAUGUGGGGACUGAACGACUUGGAUGUGGUGUCGUUAGCCUUGAAAUUCAAGAAUAAGGGGAAUGAUAGCGACAGUCCAGCAAUGAGGACUGAUUUUCUUUUUGGGACAUGCCCCCCUGGAUAUCAUUUGCCUCAAUGGGAGAAUACAAGAAACGAAGACUUUGAGGCCAUCGAACCAGUCACAGUGGCUUGA